AUGGCCGACGCAGAAGAGAAAGCCAAGGCCGAGAAGCUGGCUGCGGCCAGGAAGAGGGUGGAAGAGAUGAAGAAGAAGAAGACCAAGAAAGCCGCCGCCGGAUCAUCCAAGAAGGAUAAAGCCGAGACGACAACGACGACAACAGAACCUAGCACCCCUAAGGAAUCGGAAAAGGAACCCGAACCCGAGUCAACAACUGCUGCCGAGCCCGAAAACCCCAACCAGGAGACGAAGGAGGAAGAUAAGGAGGCGGCGGAAGCCGUCGCAGACCACCCGGCAUCGCCAACUGCAUCCCAGCCGUCUCUGGCUGAACAGUCCAAGCUUCGAUCUGCCUCGUUCAGGCAAGGAUCUGUGUCAGCUGGCAGUGGACCUAUUUCACCUGGGGCCCAGGGUCCGGAGGGAGAGACCGCCACCGAUAUCUACCGCAAGCAUGUUGCUCGCAUAGAAGAGCUCGAGAAGGAGAACAAGCGCCUCGCCAAGGAGUCUACCGACUCGGAGAAAAGAUGGAAGAAGGCCGAAGAGGAGCUUGCUGACUUGCGCGAGACAGAGGGCGAAGCCAAAGGCGGACCAGACAGUCAAGUUGAGAAGCUGAAAUCCGAGAUCGAGGCCCUUCAGCGCCAGAACUCUCAGCUCCAGCAACAAGCCUCUCGCUCCGGUACUCGUCAUGGAUCCUCGCCAUCGGUUUCAAUGUCAUCACCCCCUGCUGAGCUCGAAGCCCAGCUGGCCUCCAAGACAGCAACCAUCGAGUCGAUGGAGAUCGAGAUCUCAAAGCUGCGCGCCCAGGUUGAACGUCAGGCCAGCGGCACAUCCUCAGAGCGCGAGCAGAUCGCGGCUCUGGAAGAGAAGCUUGCUCGGUCUGAGAAGGCCGCCACCAAGGCGCAGCAGGAGCUCACCGACUUGCGGAAGAACCUUGACCGUACGGCGGAAAAGGCCGUUCGCGAGGGCAGCGAGCGCACAAGCGCAGAGACCAAACUUCGCAGCCUAGAGCACGAACUCGCGGAAUCUAUCGAUGCCAGGCUGGAGGCCGAGAAGAAGGCGGAUGGUCUGGAGAAGAAGGUCGCGACGCUGACGACGCUUCACAAGGAACAAGACACGCGGACGCAGGCACUGCGCAAGGAGAAAGAGCGCGCCGAGAAGGAAGUCAGCGAGCUCAAGGCGCGAGUCGAGAGCCUGGAGAGCGAGAACACGAGACUACGCAGCCGCAAGUCUACCGAAGGCGGCGGUGGCCUGGACGACGACGGAGUCGAUGAGCUCGAGAACGAGGAGCGCCUGCGGCUCGAAAAGAAGGUCCGCGAUCUCGAGGCCGAGGUCUAUGAGCUCCGCCACGGGCACUGGCAGGAGAAGCGCCGCGAGCUCAACAGCCCCAGCUUCGAAAACGUAGACCUCGGCGGUAGCCGCGGCACUUCGCCGUCCGCGCAUAGGAAGCAACCCGGAGGCAUCGGGGACUUUUUCCAGAGCGGCAUCAACGCUCUCACCGGCACUGCCGACGACGAGCUGCUCGAGGACGAUGACGUGGAUUUUGACGAGGACGCGUUCCGCCGCGCGCAGGAAGAGGAGUCCAAGAAGCGUCUCGAGCGCAUCAAGGAAAUCAAGCGCACUCUCAAGAACUGGGAGGGAUGGAGGCUGGACCUCGUUGAGAACCGGCGGGGCGGCUCCGAAGGCGUCGGUGAGGUGUUUGAGGUCUAG